AUGGUCCCUCCUGACCUUCCAGAGUGGAUCGUGCUACUUGAAGUUCUGCAGUGGUUAUCUCUCCUGAAGUUCUGCAGUGAAUCAUCCCUCCUGAAGUUCUGCAGUGGAUCAUCCCUCCUGAAGUUCUGCAGUGGAUCGUCCCUCCUGAAGUUCUGCAGUGGAUCAUCCCUCCUGAAUUCUGCAGUGGACCCUCCCUCUGGACCUUCUGUGGUGCUAGCCGUCAGCCUCAUACCAUCCGUCCUCAUUGACCACUUAUUGCCUUCCACACUCCCAUCAGCCACGGGGAUCAGGUCUCCGUUCAUAAACCAUAUCCAUGAGGUCUUUGCACUGUCGACAGCUGGAGGUGAAAAAGAAAGAGGCAGCUGGAGGAUUCUGCUCAGUUCAGCGUUCAGGAGGACAUCUCUACUGCUGUGGUACUCCUGGUUUGUGGCAUCCUUUACGUACUACGGCUCGGUGCUGAGCAGCUCGGAGCUGCUGGAGAAGAACUUGUUGUGUGUGACGGACCCAGACCGAGACCAUCAGAUCAAACACCACCAAGAGAGCGGUUUGUGUUACUGCAUCCCCUUCAAACUCAACGACUACCAGACGCUGCUCAUCAGCUGCCUGGGCGAGGUCGCAUUGGUUCCCAUAAACAUCUGUCUGCUGAACGUGUUGGGACGGAAGAUGAGUAUGACCGUGCUGCAGCUGGCGGCGGCCAUUUUGUUCAUGUUGCUCAACAUCUGCACCAGCAUGUUUGGGUUCACGGUGUUGCUGUUCCUGCUCCGGUCUCUGGUCUCCAUGAACUUUAAUGUGGUUUAUAUUUACACCGCUGAGGUGUACCCCACCGUGGCUCGCUCUCUUGGGAUGGGCUUCUGCACGUCCUUUAGUCGGAUCGGAGGAAUGAUCGCUCCGUUCAUCGCUCAGGUGCUGAUGUCUCAGUCGGUGAUUCUGGCUCUCAGUCCGUUCGCGGUGGCUUGUGGGAUCUGCGCUCUGGGAAACUUUCUGCUGCCGAUAGAAACACGAGGACGAGCUCUGCUGCAAAACUCCUGAUGGCGUCUCCGAACAAACCGUUGCUGGUAGUUUCUUAUUGUUACUUCUAUAAUGUAAAGAUAUUAAAUAUGUUUGUGAUAUCA